ACGUUUUUGGAGCAUUAAUUGUUUAGAGUUCCCUUGGUUAAAUCAACUUAUGCAGGUUCGAUUUUCUGGCUUUUCUCUUCUCUCUUUACUCCAUCUCAUUUCCUUCUUAUCAUAGAAAUUUGAUAGCUAUUGUAGGCAAGUAUUUUCCAGCAUCAAUAGAGACCAUGAUCAUGGGCUUUAUCUUCCUUCCAAUGUUGUUGAUGCAAUGCUUCAUGGCUGCCUUAGCCAUGUCUCAACCAAACUUGACAACAGACCAAUAUGCCCUUCUUCAAUUCAAAGCUUACAUCACUUCUGAUCCUUCGAAUAUCAUGUCCUCCAAUUGGUCCUCUUCUGCCACCUCAAUCUGUAAUUGGGUUGGUGUUUCCUGUGGUGCUUUUCAUAGUAGAGUCACAGCCUUGGAUCUUCCAAACAUGAAUCUCACUGGCAGCCUCCCUCCUCACUUGGGAAACCUCUCAUUUCUUGUUUCUAUCAACUUGAGUGGAAACAGCUUUAAUGGCCAUUUGCCUCCAGAAUUAGGGAUGCUACAACGUUUAAGGUUCAUGGACUUGAGCUUCAAUUUUCUUGACGGAUGCAUCCCAGAUGAGAUUUGGUUGCUUUCAAAGUUGGAGAUUUUUAGAUUAGGAUGCAAUCGGCUUACUGGAACUAUAUCAAGAAAUAUUGGGAACUUAACAAAGUUAAGGAUAAUAUAUCUUGGAACAACAAAAAUAAGAGGGGAAAUACCAAAGGGGAUAGGUAAUCUUCAUAAUUUGGAGAAACUUUCAGUAGGAAAUGCAAGCCUAUCGGGUCUUAUUCCGCCAAAUAUCUUCAAUAUCUCUUCUUUAAGAUGGAUUUAUCUUUACACAAAUAACCUAUUUGGUACCCUUCCUAUUGAGUUGUGCUACCAUCUGCCAAAUCUUGAGGAGCUUUAUUUGCAUAAGAAUCAAUUAAAUGGCUCAAUUCCCUCAAGUAUACAUAGAUGCAAGAAGCUUCAGUGGUUGACUCUAAGCAUUAAUAGAUUCACCGGAUACAUCCCAAGAAGCAUUGGGAACUUGUGUGAACUAACUGAAAUAUAUCUCAAUGACAAUGAGUUUAAAGGGGAAAUACCAGAGGAGAUUGGUAAUCUUCAUAAUCUGGAGAUACUUUCAGUAGGAAAUGCAAGCCUAUCAGGUCUAAUUCCACCAAAUAUCUUCAAUAUCUCUUCCUUAAGAUGGAUUUAUCUCUUCGCAAAUAACCUUUCUGGUACCCUUCCUAUUGACUUAUGCUACCACCUGCCAAAUCUUGAGGAGCUCUAUUUGCAUAAGAAUCAAUUAACUGGCUCAAUUCCCUCAAGCAUAGGCAAAUGCAAGAAGCUUCAGCUGUUGGUUUUAGAAACUAAUAGAUUCACCGGAUACAUUCUAAGAAGCAUUGGGAACUUGUCCGAACUCACUAAAAUGUAUCUUACUUUCAAUGACUUGGAAGGUAAAAUACCAGAGGAGAUUGGCAACUUACCCUUGAGGUUUUUGGAUAUGGGAUUCAACUUCUUGACCGGUUCCAUUCCUCCCAUGAUCUUCAACAUCUCAACCUUGGAAAUCUUUUACUUAGUAAAAAAUAACCUUUCAGGUCAUCUUCCUUCAACCCUUGGACUUGGGCUUCCAAAGCUUAUUGAGCUAGCACUGUCAAAUAAUAAACUUAGUGGCAAUUUUCCAAGUUCUAUCUCCAAUUCUUCCCAGCUUACCAUUCUAGACAUAAACUAUAACUCAUUCUCUGGCCUUUUCCCCAAUUCACUUGGCAAUCUAAGAUUACUUAAUUGGCUUGGCCUUGUUGGAAACAUGUUCUCUAAACUAUCCACUUCAGAAAGAAGCUUUCUCUCUUCUUUCAUAAACUGUAGAUUUUUGACACGUCUAGAAAUAUCGUCUAAUUCAUUGACUGGUGUCCUUCCAGAAAUUGGCAACUUGAGCAACUUGAUAAGUUUGGCUCUUUAUGGUAAUGAUUUGGCUGGACCAAUUCCAGCAACAAUUGGAAGAUUGCAACAGCUCGAAGAUUUUGGAAAUCUAAAGGUUUUGAUCAACAUGGAUUUAUCUAGAAAUCAAUUAUCAGGCAAUUUGCCUAGCAGCAUUGGGGAUCUCAAAGAUCUAACUUAUCUUUCCUUAGCAGAAAAUGCAUUAGAAGGUAACAUUCCUCAAUCAUUUGGUGGCAUGGUAAGCUUGGUCUUCUUGGAUCUUUCUAACAACAUUCUUUCUGGAGUGAUUCCUAAGUCUUUGGAAGGGCUCUCCCAUCUCAAAUUCUUCAAUAUAUCUUUCAAUAGAUUUGAAGGAGAAAUCCCAAGCAGAGGAUCAUUCAAAAACUUGUCUGCUCAAGCAUUUAUGGGAAACACUGCCCUCUGUGGUUUGCCAAGAUUUCAAGUGCCUCCAUGUAAGUCCAAGUCCCACAAAAAAUCCAUGCAUGUGCUAAGACUAGUGUUGCCACUUGUAGCAGCUACCAUAUUGAUACUUUCCCUUAUCAUCAUCAUCACCUUCAAAAGACAAUAUAAAUCAAAAGCAAAAUCCUCAGAUGAAGAAAUUUUGCCAAGUCUACCAAAUUGGAAAAGAAUUUCAUACCUGGAGCUUCAACAUGCAACUGACAAUUUUAAUGAAAGAAACUUACUUGGCAUAGGGAGUUUUGGGUCAGUGUACAAUGGAACACUUCCUAAUGGAAUGAACAUUGCAAUAAAGGUCUUCAAUCUACAAGUAGAGGGUGUGCUCAAGAGUUUUGACACAGAAUGUGAAGUACUGUGCAAUAUUCGCCAUCGAAAUUUGGUCAAAAUCAUUAGCAGUUGUUGUAAUGAAGACUUCAAGGCCUUGGUGCUUGAGUUCAUGCCUAAUGGGACCUUGGAGAAGUGGUUAUAUUCUGAUGGAUAUUGUCUAAAUAUCCUCCAAAGAUUGAAUAUAAUGAUUGACGUGGCUUCUGCUCUAGAACAUCUCCAACAUGGACAUUCAAUUCCAAUCAUUCACUGCGAUUUGAAACCUAGCAAUGUGCUACUUGAUGAAGAUAUGGUUGCACAUGUGGGGGAUUUUGGCCUUGCGAAGCUUCUGGGAUAAGGGGCAUCUGUAAUUCAAACAAUGCAAAUUGCCACUAUAGGCUACAUGGCACCAGGUUAUAAUUUAUUUUUCCCCUUUCUUUUUACUUGUUUACUAUUUAAUUUACUUGUGUGAAGAUAAAUUUAAUUGUAUCUAUUAUAAUUUGAUACAGAGUAUGGAUCUUUGGGAAUGGUUUCUGCAAAGGGGGAUGUUUAUAGCUAUGGCAUUUUAGUCUUGGAGACAUUCACAAGAAAGAAACCGACAGACAAAAUGUUUGCUGGAGAAAUGAGCUUGAAGGCGUGGGUGAAUGAAUCAUUAUCUCAUUC